GUGGAACGCGGUUACUCACCGUUGCGUCGUUCAGGAUCACCACGACGUCGCCGUAGUGGUAGUGCAAGUCGGCGGCGACGCUCACGAUCACGUUCAAGAGACCGUCACCGUCGUUCACGCUCUCAUUCACGUCACAAAAGGCGUUCACGUUCAAAGGAUCGAAAAGACAAGGAACGACGUGAUAAAGACAAGGAUAAAAAGGAAAAAAAGCGAAGCAGAAGCCGAAGCCCACGGAAGAAGGACGAAAAGGAUAAGGCCAAAGAUAAGGAUAGAGAUAAGGAUCGGGAAAAGGACCGGAAAAAGGAAAAGGAACGAGAAAGUAGUAGCCGAAAAGACAAGGAAAAGAACAGCCGAAGUGAAAGGAGCGAUAAAAAGGACAAAAAAGAUGAUAAAAGGGAUCGGGACAAGGACAAAAGAAGUUCGAACAAAGAGAAAGAGCGCGAUAAAAAUGGCAGUGGCAAAAGUGACAGCAAAAGCAGUCCAAAAAAAGUUGAGGUGAAGCUGCAGAUCGAACACGGUGAAAGUAUAAAAACGGAUCCUCCAGAACAGCCACUUCCCGAUGAAACGGCUAUUCGUGAAAGAUUGAUGGAAAAAGUUCUAGCAAGAAGCAACGGACAAAAAAAUGAGCAACCUGAUAGUUCGGCCUCUGCUACUGAGAUCACUAAUAUUAAUGAUGACAAAGAUGAAUUGGCAUUGAAACGAAGUUCCAGCAUGGAAGAUGAGGCGAUUGCAACGAAGAAGCCUCGAAAUCGCUCGAAAUCACCCAUUAGUGUUUUGAAGUGGUCGGAUGUUCGCGCAUUCACGGGUUUUGCCGACGUUCUAUCGGAAUUGCUCAAGGCGUUGCAUUGCUUCCAAGCAGUGCUGCAUUUGUGUGAGGCAGAGAUCAGCUCAAAGCUGGGUGCCGGCGAAGUGCGUGUUCGUAUUCUCGCGUCGCCCAUCAAUCCGGCUGAUAUCAAUCAAAUACAGGGUGUUUAUCCAGUGAAGCCGCCACUUCCUGCUAUUGGUGGUAACGAAAUGGUCGCCAAAAUUGAGGAAGUUAUCAUAUUUGCAAUACUGCUAAGUGCGCUGGAAAUGUUUCACAAUUUUUGCUAG